AUGUUAAUCACACAAUUAGACCCAUUAACGGAGCAGCAAAUCGUAGGAAUUUACGGCCUCCAGCAUUCCUCACAACAGGCAGAGGAAGCCCUGUCCCAGGGAUUAGACCAGCUUCAACAGUCCCUUAUCGACACAAUGGCUAGUGGUUCUGUCAAUGAUGGUAUGCAUCAUAUGGUUGUUGCUCUUGGGAAGCUAGCCAGUCUCGAAGGUUUUGUUCAUCAGGCUGAUAAUCUAAGGCAGCAAACACUUCAUCAACUGUGCCGGAUAUUGACAGUAAGGCAAGCAGCGCGAUGUUUUUUGGUGAUUGGCGAGUACUAUGCUCGAUUACGAGCCCUAAGUUCCCUUUGGGCAUCUCGACCACGAGAGUAA